AUGUUAGAUCCUCAGAUUUCUCAUUUCAAGAAAGGCGUUCGUCGAUUUUUGAAGCAAGACCCAGCUCCGAAACAGAGCACAUUGUAUCUUCCUGAAAAUGUCCAUGAACUCCCGGCUAGCCCGUUACUGCCAUCGCCUCUGGUCCUUACGCCGGCGAAGGACCGCUUUUCUUCCGCAGCACUUCCAACUGGACUGUCUGAUGAUGUGAUCCUGCUUAUUUACAACUGCAUUGAUACGCUUGCUGAUCUAUUCAGCACAGCAGUCGUCAACGUCCAGUUCUACCGCGUGUUCAAGAGCAAUGAGCUGUCGCUCAUGAAACAUAUCCUCUUCAAAAUGUCACCUCCUGCGUGGGAGCUGCGGGAGAUGAGCCCUCCCUGGAAAAGUGAAUGGCAGGUUCUUCUCGACCCCGAUUCUCCAGUGCCAGAAUAUACACCGGCCAUAUACCUUCGUCGCCAUGCUCAAGAUAUCUACACGCUCGCACAACUUAAAUCUCUGGUCCUGGCUCGCUGCUUCUCUUUUCUCCGUCAGGAGACAAUCAAAGGGCUCGCAGGAGUAGACAUGGUACGUGCUGCCCAAGUUGACGACGCAUUCUGGCGCAUUUGGACGUUUUGUCGCAUAUUUGGCAGCGGGAAGAACCGAGAAAACGAUAUUCUUGGACAGGUCGACUGGCUAGAAGGGGGAAGAAUGGCCAUGAAUGAAGGCGACCCCUUUUCGUCAGCUUCAUUCUCUGAGCCCUUUGGCAUCAAUAAUGUUCUGCUCGAACCUCCAAGCGGAUUUGCGGGCGGUAAUCCGGGUGGACUGUCAUUGAGCCAACUGUACGACAUGACUGAGAUCUGGACAUGCCUGGGUGUUCUCCUCCAGCCAAUGCAUGGAAACUGUGCCGAGGCACGCAAGGCUGGGAUUUACGAUGGCCACAAUUUUACGGCGGGUGAUACUGCCAAAGAAGCGAUAAUGCUGGAGGAAUGGACAUCAUAUGUCCUCUCCCUUGGGCCAUCUGCAGUGCUCUGCCUCGGUGCGGUGUGUCAAACCGACGCAGCCAAACACGCAUUCCAGAAAGCCCAGGAAAUCGGUCUGAUGACCUGGGAACUUCCCGAGACUGGUCACAGUCGCUCUUCGUUCUUCAAAGAGGCGGUCUCCAAAGCCUUCGAAUCCCAAGGGCGUAAACCUACGGGUGGUGUUAGCGUACCGGGCAUCCCGGCCUUGGGAACCUCGCGACAAGAAUCAAGAUCGACCGCCGAUCGCCGCCAGCGUCAGGCCCGCCUGGCUGCUGGACUGCGAAAGCAACAUCUUCGACCACGGGCAGCUGCUGGGCCUUCUUCAUUCAUGGAUGAACGGCCUUUGUCCAGCUUCCACGUGGUUCUAGACCGACUGGAAGGAAUCACCAAUGAGCACCAACGUAAUCAACGAAACCAAAGGCAUCAACAGCACCACCAGCAACGGCAUCGAUUUCUGUCGUCAGAUGACCAUGCUCUCCAGCCAGCUCCUCUUCGACUCCGCAUAAAGCCACCGGUCUUGGAUCCAGCCGAUAAAGCCGUCAACUUAAUUGUUCAACAGUUUGGCUUCGGUGAGCAAGACGCAAGAUGGGCCUUGAAGAUCACAGAUACAGGCGAGCAGAUCGAUGUCAACGCAGCUGUGUCGUUGCUUCUCCGCGAGCGUAGUCGGCGAGAGAAUCAUGGGCGUCCUUCGUCCCUGUCGCGAGAUGCUAGAGGCUUGAAUGCUGCGCGGUAA